AUGAUAGAAACGAUAGUGGCGUUUGAUUUGGGUGCGCAGACAUCCAGUGAAAUACCUCUUCCAGAUUCUGUAUACUGCCAUGGCAGUCGCUUUCCUUACUUAGGAAUUUUGGCUGGAAAGCUUUCUGUGUUGUUAUGCGUUGAAAAUGGUGAAUGUGAGGUGUGGGUGAUGGUUGAGUAUGGGGUGGCUAAUUCAUGGGUCAAACAUCAUGUCUUUUCACAGUUUAGUGGUGAUAUAACUCCAUAUGGGUUCACAUCAUGCAGUGAGUUUCUUUUUAGAUCUGAUGAUCGUCGUUUUGCUUUGUAUGAUCCAGUUUCAGCCAAAAAUAUAAAACCUUCAAUAUUAAGUUAA